AUGUCGAGUUAUUUCAGUAGUUUCUCACUCAACAAGUUCACUGAUAGUAUCAGUAAUGCUGCUCAUAAGACUCAAGAUACCUUGAGCAACGCUAUCUCUAACAUUCAAUUGGAUGAUCCUCAAGCUAUGUUGUCUUUGAAGGCUAGAAAACAUCAUCUUCAAGAAACUUUGGGUACUAUAGAAGACAUAAGCAAGCUUCCACCCCAGUACCAAUUUCUGGAGAAAAAAUGUGAUUCGUUGGAGAGAGUGUGUAGAAGGAUGCUGCUAGUUACUCAAACUUUUGAAGUUGAGGGCUACGAUUACCCACCUAACCUGAGCGAAAGCAUUUCGGAUUGGUGGUCAUCAAACAAGGACGGUUUGUUCUCAUUUGUAAACUCUUCUAACCGGAAAGAGACCAAACCGGAACCAAUCGGAGAAGCAGACGCGCUGGCAACGACCUCUUUGGCACAGGCCAUAUCAAAGGCAGCUAGAGACUCCGGUGAAGUGUUGAAAGGCCUGAAAGAAGAGGAAAAACGAGCUUCAGCACCACAAGAGAAUGAUGAGGAAGAAGAAGAAGAUCAAGAUAUCUCUCGGUCGAUCAAGUUGUUUGAAGCUUGGGCUGAUUGCGAGCACAAAAUGGAUCAAGGGAAAGCCGAAAUGGAUUCAUUGAUGGCCAAAGAGUUCAACUCCAAACUUUCCAAUUUGGUGGAUACCAAGUUCAAAAAUGGUCGCAUCCUGCGCAAAAAAGUCGAAGAGUCCCGACUCAAGUUCGACACCAUGCGCUACGAGGUCAAGCUGAAAGAACAACAGAUUGCUGGUCGUAAAGAGAAAGGAUCUGAUGCGGCUGUUGCGCCAAACGAAGACUCUGCGGAGCAUGACGAGAGCAAGCCGGAGUCGACCUCUGCUAAAACUGAGAGCUCCGAACAUAAGUUGCUGGAAAAAUUAGAGGACGAGUUUGUAUCGAAUACAACCGAAGCCGUAGAGGUCAUGGGUGAAAUCACCGACAGUGCUGAGCUAAUCAAUCUGGUCAAAUUAUUCCACAACUUCCAACUCUUGUACCACAGACAGUGCGUCAAAGAGCUGGAGGGUAGUCUCGAGCAGUUGAACGAGCUCGAAACAGAUGCGUCUUAG